UUCAUGUGAAACAGCAAUUAUUGCAAACAUUUAAGGAUGGAUUAUUUUUCCAAGAUACAUGGCAUUUCAUGUUUUAAUAUCAAACUCUGGAGAGAAAUUCAGCAAUCUCAGCACUGAAGGACAUAAAGUGCUCAUAAGAGUUUUGAGUAAGGUACAGCAAUCGGGCAGCCUGUCACAGUAACAUUUAAAAAAGGCAGGGUGUAUUAGGACUUAGGUCAUGGUCGUAAGCAUGGUAUCUGCUGCACAGUACAUUUUGUAGGACACAUGUUUGGGCACCCAUUCAUCAUCUCCCCCACUUUCCUUUUAGAUUCCCUAAUUUGACAGCCUUGUGCUGUCACCUGCUGUAUGCAUGAAUCUAGUGAAUGACUAGGCACACCUCUGUUGGUGAAACAGAGGCAAUUUCACAUUUUAUGUGAAUAGUUCUUACCCGUACUAUAAUAUUUUAUGAAGCUAUUUGAAAAUGCAUGUUUAUUAUUUUUUUAAUAAAGUGAUUAAAAAGAAAGAAAAAGUGAGAUCAGCGCCAUUUGACUGGAACUAAGGUUGAGAAGGAUCUUUGACACUGUUAAAUUAUCCAUUGUACCAAUAGUAGAGAUAGGGAAAUACCACAACAACAAAAAUUACACAAAAUGACAUAAGAUGAGGCAGGAAUGGGUUGCUGGUGAAAAAUGACACGGUACAAACUCCGGCCAAUUAACAUUCACAGUAGUUUAGGAAAGCACUCAAUGGACUUAAUAUGCAUUUUUGUUCAAUCUUAGAUAGAUAUUAGAUAGAUGGUGUGACAAACUCCCCUUUGCAAGUGAAUUUGCCACGAGCUCCUGGAGGAGCCUGCUUGCCAGCCUCCUGCCCACAGACUAUGGACCCUGUAAAAUGUAAUGUAAAAGUCUCUGUUCAUGUAUUUGGACUAAAUGGUUUGGGAACCGAACAGCCACAUGAACCGGAGACCACCCUGGAGCUUGUUAAGCCUAAUUGAUACUUUGUAGCAAUUUCCACUGCAGUGUUCUAAGUGUUUGGAACCGAUCUGGGUGAUUUUUGGAUAUGUUGGUCACCCAGAUCAGGGCUAUCAGUGGAUGUAACUAGGGGGUUCUAUGUAUUUUAAGGUACUUUUGGGGUGUUUGGGAAAUGUGUGUUUUUGUGCCUGGAGAUAAUUAAGUUUUGUACAGUCUCUGACACAAUUAUCUCUCAGGCACAGGGGAGGGAUUAUCUUGUUUUGUAUGGGAGUGUCCUGGACCUGAUGUAAUCGAGUGUGUUUUUACUGUAGUGUACUCUCAAGUCCAGGUGGGAGUGCCCCUUGCAUGGGGACCUGCAUAUAAGGCCAGUUGUGGCUGCCAAUAAACGUAUUCCAGCUUGUACUCCCAGAACUAUGUGUCGUCUGGUUACUGGGAGGGGAAAGGGCUAAUCACUGCUCCAGUUUGUUCCAGCAUGGAGGAUUCAGCGGGAAAGUCCUUGUAAGGACUAGAGCUCCCAGGACUGAGUGUCGUCCAGUGCCUGGGGGUGUCUAGAGCAAAUUCCCCAUUCGGCUCCAGGAGGGAGUCGUUCCAGGACUCCAGUCAAGCCACAAUGACUGUGGGCAAGAGUGCUAAAGUUUGUCUUCUGUUCCAGCUAGGAAGCGGUCCUGGCAGAGGUACCCAGCCAGGGGUACAGGGAGCUAUGUUACAGAUAGAUAGACGUUUUCUAUAAGUUGUGUUUGAAAUAAAGUUGCUGACUCCUCAGGCAUGCAAAAAACAAAGAACACCCUCAUAUUGACUCGGUGCAAGAAUCUGAGUGGCCUGUAAAAUGUUCUUUAAACAUCCUACAGAGGUAUCAGGAUUAUUGAGUUAUUAUGUGUAGGUUGUAUGGAAUCAUGUUCCCAAGGCACAGACAUGUUAGGACACUACAGAAACAAGAUACAGGCACCUCAUAUAGCCUAAAAGCCUAAAUGUUCUAUUUAUAAAGCCACAUCACUGUACUAAACAAAACAUCUCUGCAAUACACCAGCCGUGACCUGCACAACCAUCACACACUUGGAAGCAGAGGGCUGAUGGGAACGGCUUAGAUGUGUGAAAGACAAUGUGGCCUGUUUUCACCAGUGGUUGGUUGAAAGUGAUCAGUGUUGCAGUCCAACAUUAAUUAGAUGGGUGCAGGGUGCUUAAUGUCAAUUUAGAGAGCCAAAGCUUGGCUAUACUAGUAGUGUUGGUUAUAGAGUUAACAGGACCCUAUGUAUCAUAGUAAGUGGCCGACAGAAUAUGAGAGGUUGUCAAGCCUUUAGAGAGAAAAUGCUGCUGCCUAAAGGCCCAUCUGUUUAAUGGAUGCCUAUGUGGUUGUCAUGGCAAUGCAUAUUUCAGUAUAUAUGACAUGACAAUAACCAUAGUUAGGCAUUUAGGUCAUACAGUCACCUCCUGCAUAUCGCAUUGAAGAAUCUGGUAGCUAUGUAUGUGUCACGUAUGCAGCAAUGAUAUGAAACAAUGGCUUUCAAAGGUGAGUCCUGCAUGGCAUUCAUUUCCAGGAACUGUUUACCCAUGUCUGGGUAUUUCUAACCUGUAUGCCUAACGCUAUAGUAUCACUGUCCCUAUAUAAUUAACUGCCACCCAUCCAGUCUGCCAUAAAAUUAUUAAAAAUAAGUUUCUGGGGGGGCGUGGCUGGAACCCGAGCCAAAUGAUCGCGGACUGAGGGAGCUCUGUCAACAGGGCUCAACAAAAGCGUAAUUACCAGCGUUAAACAGCACGGAAAUCGUCAAAAGCAGCCUCAGGGAUGUCACAGCACAGGGCGAAAAAAACGGUGGAACCCAAAGAUAAGUCUGCUUUCUUUGCAGCCCGCAAGCCGCAACCUAAAACCGCAGGCCAACAAAACCAAGAUGGCGCCGAAUCAGAGACGGACAGCGAUCAGGCAGCAGGUACAGGACUAAACAAACAAACCCUGCAGCACAUGCUAGAUGACUUAGCAAGGAAAAUGCAGAGCACGUUCCACACAGCAAUAGCAGACCUGAGAAGGGACAUUGCGGACUUAGGCAGCAGAACCUCGCACUUAGAGGGCAGAAUGGAGGAGUUUGUCACAGCCCAUGAUUCCAUGGCAGACAAGAUGGAGGACAUAGAAAGCAGGUUGGAACGAUAUGAAAACAAAGUUAUGGACAUGGAGGACCGUUCCCGCCGCAAUAAUCUACGGCUGAGGGGCAUACUGGAAGAGGUGCACCAGCAAGAGCUAACGGCCUACGCCAUAGAGUUUUUUCACUCCCUGCUGCCCGACAUCCCGACAGAUAUGCUGAUCAUAGAUAGGAUACACAGAGUAGCAAAACCUGCACACUUACCUCCCUCCACACCACGAGACGUCCUCAUGAGAGUACAUUACUUUCACAUUAAAGAGCAGAUCUCGAAAACUCACCGAAAUAGCAGAAAUGUGCCGGAAAAGUUCAAAGACAUCAGUAUCUACACAGACCUAUCCGCAGAAACAUUAAAAAGACGUCGGACGUACCGAAACAUCACAGAGACACUCCGCCAGCGCAACCUCCAGUACCGAUGGGGAUACCCGGUAAAGCUGCUCAUUAACAAGGACGGCAAGACGCACGUGAUCACGUCCACUGCAGAGGGCACCGACCUCCUCCAGUCCUGGGGCAUCACAGUGAACAACACCCAGAACGUGGGCCAACCUCGAGGCAGCAAAAUACAGGGGGACUGGAGAGCAAUCAAAGCGAGGCGGACCACCCCACGUACUGCGCAGUGAAGUGCCAGAGACAUUCUCUAAUUAAAGCCUGACGCCAAAGGUUUGGAUGGGGUGGGGGACAAUGGACAGGGAAUAUGAAGGGGCAGGCAACAUACCCUAGGGUAUAUGAUACUUGGCAAAUCCCCUGCCCUACACGACCCCACUGUAGGGGAAGCACCCCCGGAAGCAAACCACAGAAAGUCACGACUUCCUUUUUCUCCCCCCUCCCCUCACAGUCAAUGACUAGACCAAAGAAUCAAUAGAGCGAGUCAUACAUUAACAAGUAUGCACUAACCCAAAAAAAUAAAAAUGCUUAUGUUGUUUACAAAAAUAUAU